CACACGCGUUGGUUUCUAUAGUCCAGCAAGCCCUGGGAAAAUAUCCACUCCCCAAACGUCACUCAUCCCCAUACCAAGUCCGCCCAAUAUGGACUCCGACAUCGCCCGUAAGCGGUGGGAGAUGGAAAACGAGAUCAAGACGGACGACUCGAUACAGGAUGCCAUAUUUCGUUAUGAUAAGGAGGCGCAGAAGGUUCAGACUGAUGGGGCGCCUUGGGCGAAGAACCCAAAUCAUUUUAAGAAAGUCAAGAUAUCAGCUAUCGCUCUGAUCAAGAUGGUAACCCACGCCCGCUCCGGCGGCAACAUCGAAAUUAUGGGUCUCAUGCAAGGCAAAGUCCUCGACGACACAAUGAUCAUCAUGGACGUAUUCGCACUACCCGUAGAAGGGACUGAAACUCGCGUCAACGCCGCUGCUGAAGGGUACGAGUACAUGGUGGACUACAUCGACAAGAGCAAAGACGUCGGACGGAUGGAGAACGCUAUUGGGUGGUAUCAUAGCCACCCUGGUUAUGGAUGCUGGUUGUCGGGGAUUGAUGUCAGUACGCAGAUGUUGAAUCAGAGGUAUCAGGAACCGUGGGUUGCUAUUGUGAUUGACCCGAACAGAACCAUUUCUGCUGGAAAGGUUGAGAUUGGCGCCUUCCGAACGUACCCCGAGGGUCACAAAGGCGCCGAAGACUCCCCCUCAGAAUACCAAUCCAUCCCCCUUAACAAAAUCGAAGAUUUCGGCGUCCACGCCAAACAGUACUACCAACUCGAAAUCUCCUACUUCAAAUCCUCCCUUGACUCCAGCCUCCUCGAGAUGCUCUGGCACAAGUACUGGGUCAACACCCUCUCCUCCAGCCCGCUGAUCAUGAACCGCGAGUAUACCGCGCGACGAGUAUUGGAUUUGGCGGAGAAGAUCGAUCAGGCGGAGGCAGCUGUGGGGCAGAGCAGUCGGAUAGGGCAGUUUAUGGAGAGAAAGAGGGGGGAGCAGUCCGCGGUAGCGAAGGUUGCGAAGGAUAGCUCGAAUAUCACGGUGGAGGCGGCACACGGCAUGAUGGCUCAGCUCAUGAAAGAUAUCCUUUUCAACCAUGCCUGCCACGCAACUUGAUUAUAUCAACAUCAACAGCUUGUGUUUUAUCGGCGCAAGCAAACUGUGUUUUGGCGCAUUGUACAUAGCUUCAUCUCCGCGUAACGCUUCAUAUUCGUUGCAUGUGAAUAUACACGAGCUGAAUCCUACCGAGGCAUAACUGAC